GGCUGUUGAAGCCUACCAUCAAUUACACUUCAUCCCAUAGUUCAUGUCUGUCCACUAUUUCCGUACUUCCCUUACUGACUGACUAGCUUCAAGGCAUCAGGUGGCUAAGAGAUAACCAACGAUCACUCCUAUAGUCCUCCCCGGCCUACGCCAUAGUGGCUGCACUACCGUAUGGCUCCAAUAAAACCCAAGAACGGAGAUACCCAGUCAAGCAGGCAGCGCGCAAUCGAUGAAGACGCAAUCGCAUUGGAACUGGCUCAGGAAGAGCUGAAACUCGUCUACCAAUCCGUGGAAGAAUUGCUGAAUGUGAUGCGGAACGGGAAUUGCCAGCAACUUGAGGCUGUUUUUGCAGCUGCUCGAAAGGGUGUUCCACAAGAUGAGAUCUUGGCCACGGUUAGACAAUACAACCAAGACAAGGAGAGAGCGGACUCAAACUGUUUCUGGCUCUGCCAAUAUGCUCCAAGCCGGACACGCUCCAAGCCAGACACGCUCCAAGCCAAUGCUCAUACAACUCACAAGCUGUUUCUGGCGAGCGAAGCCGGAGAGCGAAGCCAGAAACAGCUCAUGUCCGGCUUGGAGCACAUCUGGCUUGGAGCACAGCUGGCUUGGAGCACACUGCACGCUGGAGCGAAGCCGGAGAGUAAAGCCAGAAACAGCUUAUGUCCGGCUUGGAGCACAUCUGGCUUGGAGCACAUCUGGCUUGGAGCACAUCUGGCUUGGAGCACAUCUGGCUUGGAGCACAGCUGGCUUGGAGCAAACUGCACGCUGGAGCGAAGCCGGAGAGCGAAGCCAGGAACAGCUUAUGUCCGGCUUGGAGCACAUCUGGCUUGGAGCAUGUUUGGCUUGGAGCAUGUUUGGCUUGGAGCAUGUUUGGCUUGGAGCACGUUUGGCUUGGAGCACGUUUGGCUUGAAGCCAUAAACAGCCUAUGAGUUUGUGCUGGUUUGAGUUUGGCUUAGAGCACUUUUGGUAGGGAGCGACUUUUGGCAUGAAGCACGUUCAGCAUGGGGCACUUUUGGCGUAAGCCAGAUGACCCACACGAUGGAUCUAACUCCGAGUUUCAGGCAUGCUUAGUUUUGGACUUCAUCUAGCUCAAACUAGCCUUGAGUAAAAUGACCAAU